AUCAAAAUAAAUAUUCGUGAAAAGUGAAAAUAUUUUCUGCAAGUUGUAGAAUUUGAUUAUUAUAAAAUUAAUCUUGUCCAGUAUUUUUGUAAAAAAAAGCCUACCACUGAAAUGAAACUAGAAGUUUAAGUUUUCGGUCGUUAUAUUUUCAAGUCUGAAAAAUAUUUAUUGUGGAUGGUUGAGAUCUUUUUAUAAGAGUUAUUUGCUAUGUAUUAGUUUGAAAAAUACUAAACAAUGGGAAACCAACUGGUAGGAAUUGCUCCGUCUCAAAUCUAUCCCGUGGAGCAUUAUCUCAGCGAUCAUGUCGACCUUUCUUUCGAUCAAAGUAUGGGCUCCACGCGGUUCCUCAAGGUGGCUCGCGCGCGGUCCCGGGAGGGCCUUGUGGUGGUCAAGGUGUUUGCGGUGCACGACCCGUCGCUGCCGCUUGCAGAACACAAGGAGAGGAUCCUGAAGAUAAAGGAGCAGCUAGCGUCUGCAUUCAACUGUCUGCCAUUCCAGAGGGUCAUUCUAACAGACAAAGCCGGCCUCCUAAUGCGAGAGUACUGCAAAUGCAGCGUAUACGACCGCAUGUCGACGCGACCGUUCCUUACUGCGCUGGAGCGGCGCUGGGUCACAUUCCAGGUGCUGUACGCGCUGCACCGGAUGCACCAGCUGGGGAUCUGCCAUGGGGAUAUUAAGUUAGAGAACAUAAUGGUGACCUCCUGGCUGUGGGUGCUCCUGACGGACAUCGCGUCGUUCAAGCCGACCUUCCUGCCUGAGGACAACCCGGCCGACUUCAGCUACUUCUUCGACACGUCGCGGCGAAGGCUCUGCUAUGUGGCUCCGGAGCGGAUUGUGAAGACGGAGGCGGGGCAUCGCCCGCCGGGCGACCAGGCGGGCGGGCUGCUGCUCAGCGAGUCUCCCUGCAAAGUAGGAGAGCUGGUGCCCUCUAUGGAUAUAUUUUCUGCUGGCUGCGCCCUAAUAGAGCUCUGGAACGACGGCACCCCGGCCCUCGACCUGCCCGGUCUCCUCGCGUACCGGAACGGCUCCCCACGCCCGGCCAGCAUGGCGCCCCGCGACGCCGACCCGCUGCUCAGGGAGAUCCUGUUGUCUAUGACAGAGAGGGACCCCAAGGACAGGAAGAGCGCCGAGCUGUAUCUGGAUAUGGCUCGUGGAAGCCUGUUCCCAGAAUACUUCUACUCAUUCCUGCAGUCCUACAUGCUAAUAUUCUCCGCGCAACCAAUCCUACCUCCCGACGAAAAAAUCCUUCGCAUCCAUCAAGACAUAAAGAACAUCAUCAAAAUAUUCACACAGCCGUCCGAUGCGAAAAACUACCAAGACUUAGUAGACGAGACCACAGACAACAAAACCAUAGACACCAUAGACAAGCUAAACAAAGAUGGCUUCAAGGUCGUAAACGUCAAACUGACAGAUGACGUAGAAGAGGAAGUUAAAACGUCAGUUAAGAAACAGACUGGGGCGGAUAGCGAAGGUUUAAUUCUGAUUACGUCACUAGUGACGUCAUGUAUUAGGGGUUUACACCAUUGUACCUCGAAGCUGUAUAGUUUGGAAAUAUUGCAACUGCUGUGUGAAAAUAGCAGUUCUGAAGUGAUUCUAGAUAGGAUACUGCCUUAUAUUAUCUUCCUAACCCACGACUCCGUCCCGCGGGUGCGCGCGGCCGCCAUCGCGGGGGUGUCCCACGCCGUGUCGCUGGUAGAGGAGCUCCCACGCUCGGAUUGCAGCGUGUUCCCGGAGUACAUCCUGCCGGAGUUAGCUCCGCGAGCCACGGACCCCCACCCCGCGCCAAGACGAGCCUUAGCUAAUUAUAUUGCUAAACUGGCCGAAACCGCAGUGAGAUUCCUGGACCAAACACAGAACAUGGGAGGCAAAGAAGCCACGAAUAUCAACUAUGAAACUGAACUCUCCGCUUUACAUGAAAUGGUGCGCUCGAUCGUGUCCAGCCUGCUGACGGACUCGCAAGCGGCUGUGAAGCGAGCGGUCGUGGAGAAUGGCAUCACCAAGCUUUGUAUCUUCUUUGGGAAACAGAAAGCUAACGACGUGAUCCUGUCGCACAUGGUGACGUUCCUCAACGACAAGGAGGAGGUGUUGCUGCGCGCGAGCUUCUUCCACUCGGUGGUCGGCGUCAGCGCGUAUGUGGGCCACCACGCCGCGCCCGUGCUGCACCCGCUGUUGCAACAAGGCCUAUCAGACCCGUCCGAGUGGAUCACGUCGCUGGCGCUGCUGGCGGCGGCGCGGCUCGCCGGGCUCGGGCUGCUGACGAAGCAGGCGCUGUGUCAGCUGCUGACAGAGAGCGUGCCGCUGGCGCACCAUCCGAACUUGUGGAUCCGGCACGAAGUCUGCGGGCUGAUCGCGACGGCGGCGCGGCUGCUGAACCCCAUUGACGUCAACUGCAAGAUACUGCCGCUCGUGUGGCCGCACCUCAAACACAAACUCAUACAGGUGGACCGCCCGGAGCUGCUACUAGAGAGCCUGUCCCCGCCCAUCCCGCGGCGCGUGUUCGACGCAGUGUUGACGCACCGCGACGCAGACCGCCUGCUGUCCGCGCUGCGCGAGCGCCGCCACGCGCGCAUGAAGGUGAAGCAAGGGACCGUCCCGCAGUACAGUGAAAUGGGAACACAACUCAAGAACUUGUUUAGAAGACUCGCUUCUGACGGUAUGACGGAACAAGUUGAGAACCAACUGCUAGCUAUGAGCACGCACCUCAUAAAGAUACAGCGAUCGUCCACACAGCGUACGACUUCAGGCUCGGGGCGCCUGCAACUGGCCACGCUGCACGUGUCCAAGUGGCUGCAGCUGGAGCCGCCGCCGCCGCCGCCGCACGCCGCGAGCCGUCGCACUCACAAGACGUCUCUGUCGCACGAGACGCAGAUGAACACGGAGUGGCAGACCAUGUUCGGAAACACCAGCGAGCCCGCCAACAUACAAGCGGAGUCCUCAGUGUCGGAGGCUCCGGGUGAGGCGGCCGGCCCCGCGCCCGCGCCGCCGCACUCCUCGCAGCUGGGACAUAGCGCUAGCUAUGUGCAGUAUAGCAUGGCGCCAUGUCGAGUUGAGUUGAGGAAUCUGACGGCGCGGAUGCAACAAAAGUUCCAGAAGUCACUCAGAUCUCUAGACACGAGCAUGGAGCACGACAACACCCUGCCCCCUCCGUCGUGGCGGCCCGGGGACACGCUGCUGGCCUACCUACACGAACACAAAUCCAGUGUGAACCGGCUGGUGACGCUCCCGGCUCAGCGCAACAUGUUCGCGUCGGCGUCCGACGACGGCACCGUGCGCCUGUGGGACGCCGCCCGCCUCGAGGGACACGCCUACAUCAAUAAAUCUAAAACAAUGUACAAUAGAAGCGCGGGUCCCGUCAUAGCGCUGGCUCCGUGCGAGAAUGGACAGUCGCUGGUGGCCGCCUCGCAGGACGGAUCCAUAUUUGUACUGAGGCCAGACUCCAACUCAUCCCGCAUGACGCUCUCCCAGUCCCGUCAGACGGGCGGCGGCUGCGUGGACGCGGCGUGCGCCGGCGGCGUCCACGCGCAGGUCAUCACGUACGCCACGCUCGCGUCCGCGCUCGUCGGCUGGGACCUGCGCGCGCCAGGCAACGCGUGGAAGCUCCAAGGGGACCUCAAGCAGGGCGUUUACACGUGCGUAUACGCGAACAGCAGCGGCUACGUGGCGGCGGGCACGGCCAGCGGGCGCGUGUGCGUGUGGGACCUGCGCUUCCAGCUGCCCGUCACCGCGCUGAGCCACCCCAACUGCGAGCGCGUCCGCCGCAUAGUCGGCUUCCCCGGCGUGCCGUCGGGCGUGUGGGCCUGCGGGUUCCGCGACGUGGCCGCGUGGUGCCUCGAGUCCACGCAGCGGACCCACGCUCUGUGGCCCCACCACGCCGGGCCCGCGCCGCUGCAGUACACGCCCAAUGCGUCCCACUACACAAGCGCCCUCUACUGCGGCACCACCGACGAGGGCUCAUUUGUAAUAUCUGGCGGGUCGGACCAGCGCGCGCGCUGCUGGCGGCUGCGGCGGCCGGCGGACAGCCGCGUGCUGCUGGAUGCCAGGGACCGGGCGCCCGCGGAUACUAAGUACCGAACCCAAAUAAUCGACGGCACGACAGUAAUACAGGAGAUCUGCAAAAAGCCGUCUACCCCAGUCAACAUACAGGAGGAGAACGUGUACAAGAGCGUCGAGAGUCGAACCUACUACCACACGGCGCCUAUCACUGACUUCACCAUGGCUCAAGCGUCUAAAUGUUACCUGGUCAGUUCGUCGGCUGAUGGCGUCAUUAAUGUGUGGAAGUGAACUCUAUGCUAUGUUAAGGUUACAACAGGAUUCGUACCAUCAUCUAUUGGUGUUAUAGCGUUGCUUAUCUCUUACAUCACAUUCAAAUGCACUUGAGGCAGAUUGCGAAAUAUUU